UCUUGGCUACUAUUUGAAAUAGCAUCAUCAUUGGAUAAUGGAAAUAAUCGAUAUUUUGGUCAAUAUGUUGGAUCAUUUAAUCAUAAUUGGAAUAAUAUUAUUACCGGUGAUGUUUAUUUCGUCAAUAAACAUACAUUAUUUCUUUACAAUUUUAGUUUUAAUGGUCAAGAAUCAGAUGUUUAUUUCAAAGUUGGUGGCCAUAAUGAUCCGAAUAUUAGAUCGAAUACAGAUGGAAUCAUUAUACCUGAUGAGUUGGGAAGAUUUCAUCAACUGGGACGUUAUCGAAAUCAAAACAUUUUACUUACCUUACCGAAAGGAAUUUCUGCCGAUAAAAUUCGCUGGAUAUCAUUAUGGAGUAAAAGACUUUUGAAAAGUCUUGCCGAAAUACGUAUUGUUAAAACGAUUGCCGUACCUGAACUAAAAAGUUUAGGACCAUUAAUAAAUACAAAAGAUUCGGUAAAAGCUAAAAAUAUUUUCGCCAUCGAUGAUAAAACAAUUUUGAUCAGAAAAUUUCAUUACAAUAUUAAUUGUUUACGUUGUGGUUUUUUUGUCGGUUACGGUGCGAUACCAAAUUCUUUUGGAAUCAAAAUACCCGAUGAACAUGCAAGCUUUUCAAAAUUACGUAACUAUUAUAAUGAAGAUAUAAUAUUACGAUUACCUCGUGAUUUGAGCUUAAUAAAUAAUAUCGAUUGGUUUGCUAUAUAUGAUCCUGAACAUAAUAAAUGUUAUGGUUAUAUUCAUAUUGAUAAAAAAAAUUUAAAUAUACCACCAAGUAUGGCAUUCAUGUUAACUUAUGUUACAUUAUUUUCCAAUUGUGAACAAAUAUUACCCGGAUUGAUGCAUAUUUCAUGGGAAAUUCGUCAUCCAGAUAUUUACAUACAACUUGAAGCUAGAAUUGCAUCAAAUCAAUAUGCUGCAUUUGGAUUGAGUGGUUCAUUUAAACAAAGUAAAAUGAUUGGUUCCGAUGUAUUUGUUACCUAUUAUGAUGCUGACAGCAAUAAAGUUGUUCUGGAAGAUUUCACUGUAACGGGCAAAACUCAAUGUAAUUUACAAACAGGAAUUGGUGUUUGUCCGGAUACGCUUGUUGGCGGUAACAAUGAUCUGGAAUUGUUAAUGUCCAGUUACAUUGAUGGAUUGAUUAAAGUUACAUUUCGUCGUUCAAUAUCUGUAAUGCGUGAUCAUCAAAAUGAUCUACCAUUUUUAAUACAUGAUCCGAAUCCAAUUGUAGCAGCAAUCGGUACAUUGGAUACGCAUAAAAAUCCAAGUUAUCAUACUGUUGCAGUUAAUACAAAAUAUCAUCAAUCCAAAUAUCGUCCAAUGACUAUUGUUAAUUUUGGCCGUAAAAAUCCUAAACGAAAUUGUUAUGAAAAUUUAUGGGAUAAAGUGAUCAACGAACCGGCAAAUAUUUUCAACACAAUUGCAAAUUCACAGGUUUCAGAGACGGAAAUAAUUUAUGAACUUCGACCAUGGAAACCUGCCAUAAUAAAAACGACCAAUAAUCACGUAUUUCAUGUUGUAAUUGGACCAGCUGGUAAUGCACAACAAGGUUAUACAUCGAUCACUGGCCAAGAAUCUCCUGGUAUUGCAUUCUGGAUAAAUGAUUUACUCAUACCAGAAUUACAUGUUGUUCGUGGUCAUGAUUAUACAUUUUUAAUUGAAACCGGUGAUAAUCGUACAGAUAAAAAACAUUAUCAUCCAUUUUAUAUUACUGAUUCACGUGAAGGUGGUAAUCCAAAUAAUUUUUCCAUAAAUCAUCAUAUAUAUGCUGGAAUUAGAUUUCAUGAUGGUAUAGCUGAUCCACAACCAGGAACUGGUCGUUAUUGUGAAUUGAUUGAAAGUUCUCGUGUUGAUCCAGCAUUUAUUUAUUCAAUUGAAGAUUAUCGUAAAACAUUACGAUUAUAUUGUGGAAAAGGAAAUGUUGGAUCAUUUAGAUGGAGACCGGACAACAAUACACCCGAUACAAUAUUCUAUCAAAGUUUUACUGAAAAAAAUAUGGGAUGGAAAAUCAAAGUAACAUCAUCAUCAUCGACAACAACAUUAUCGCAAAUAUUAUUACUGUUAGAAACAUUGGCCAUUCUAACUACCAUUAUUAUUGUUUUGUUGUAA